UAUGGCCGUGAUGAUGUCGUUCGUGUCGGUAGCCGUAUCUAUAUUGUACACGCCGUUUUUACUGUUAAUAUUGUGUAUCAUUUUCUUAGCAUCAAUUGGAAAAUCUUUGGGCGUAAGAAGACUCUAUGUGAACAUUUUACUGAAGCUUUUUGAGUAUGGACGUCAACACAUUGAAGUGGCCAAGAAGCUGCAGAGGAACGACAGUUCUGAUGAAGAUGAAGAACCGCCGACACCUGAUAAGCCGCCUUCAGCAAUCAUCAAAGAGAACGGUGUUAAUGGUUGUGCAAAGAUGAGUGUGAUAGAACGACAGGAGAUACUUGGUCCGUCGCCGGAACUCAAUUACAAGAGAAGUCAGAGCCAAGAACGGCUGCAAAAUGGACAUACAAACGAACUAAAUAGACCAGAGAAUAGCUUAGAAGUACAUCUCUCUCACUGUCUGGAUUUAGUGAAAGCUGGUAUGGAGUCAAUUAUAGAAGACCAGGUCACGUCGGUCUUCGAGGCUGAAGAGUUGAGGAGUUGGAACUUGCUUACUAGGACAAAUAGGCAAUACGAGUUCCUAACGUGGCGCCUGACAAUUAUAUGGGUGAUGGGGUUCGUUGUUCGAUACUUCUUUCUACUACCACUCAGAAUUCUCGUCUUCUUUAUUGGUGUUUGGUGGCUGAUCAUCAGUACGGCGUUAAUAGGCACACUGCCGGACGGCGCGUUCAAACAGCGCGUCAACAAUACGAUGUCACUCAUGUGCUUCAACUUUCUGUCGCGGUGUAUCAGUGCGGUCAUAACCUACCAUAAUGGAGAUAAAUAUAAGCCGAGAAGCGGGAUUUGCGUUGCGAAUCACACAAGUCCUAUUGAUGUGCUGGUGCUCAUGUGUGACAGUUCCUAUUCGUUGAUUGGACAGAGUCAUGGUGGUUUCCUUGGUCUAUUGCAACGUGCUCUCGCUAGGGCUUCGCCUCACAUCUGGUUUGAACGCUCUGAGGUUAAGGAUCGCAACGCUGUCGCCACACGAUUAAAAGAACACAUCUCAGUACCGGAUAAUCCACCGAUUCUUAUAUUCCCCGAGGGCACAUGUAUUAAUAAUACCUCAGUUAUGCAGUUCAAGAAAGGCAGCUUUGAAGUUGGAGGCACCAUUUAUCCCGUAGCCAUCAAAUAUGAUCCACGUUUCGGUGAUGCAUUCUGGAAUAGUUCGAGAUAUGGAAUGCUGCAUUAUCUACUGAACAUGAUGAGUUCCUGGGCUAUUGUUUGUGAUGUAUGGUAUUUGCCGGCCAUGACGAGACGGGAUGAUGAAAGCGCGGUGGAUUUCGCCAACCGGGUCAAAGCGGCCAUUGCGAGGCGUGGUGGAUUGGUUGAUCUUCAAUGGGACGGUCAACUGAAACGAAUGAAGGCGAAAAAAGAGUGGAGAGAACUACAGCAAGAGGAGUUUAGUAAGAGAUUAAAAGGGGAGUAGGGGGUGAUUUAUAUUUAAUGGAAUAUAAGCUUUCCCACGCGUGGGACGAAAAGACUGUAUUUGUGGGACGUGAAGUGGUAUCCAAAAAAAAUUUGUAAAACCAUUUUGUUUGAUGGGGCAUGGGAUUUCAUGUAUUUUUUAUCCUUUUUUAUUAUCCAUUAAAAUUGUAAAUAUAAGGUAACACAAUUAUAUACGAACACUGUGAUGUGCCACGCCCUAUCAAUUUAAAAAAAUAUAUCAAAAAUAAAUUUAACAUAAUUUUCAAAAUGUCUUGAUUAUUUGUUUGUUUACUUCCUACUUUACACGAAUGUUGCCACUUCACGUCGCAUAACAUUUUUGGGGCGUGUUUAAAGAAUAUUUUUGGCCUGUGGCCUUUGUAAUGUCUAUACUCAUUGGUCGUAUAGUAGCGCUCAUAUUAAGUCGUUACGAUAUAAUUUGUCGGUACGACAUUAUCUAUCCGAUUUUGUGUUUAUAACAAAAGUAAAAGUAUUUCCUUACUAUACAGUGUCAUACCAUGGCCAAAAUAUUUUGUUAGGAUUAUAUGCAGCUGAGUUUCAUCAUCGGACGUCGAGGCAGAAUACGAUAUUUCACCCGUAUCACCUCGACAUCUGUUCUUAGCUUUUCACCACCAUAUGGAACUAGCUGCCCACUGAAUUUCCAUACCAAUUCGACUUAGAGUCAUUCAAGAAAAGAGUACCAAAAUAGGCCGGCAACACACUCUGGCAUAGGAGUGUCCAUGGUCGGUAUCACUUAACAUCAAGUAAGCGUCCCGUUUGCCGCCUGUUACUUAAAAAUUAUACGAUUUGUAUGAACACAGUGACCGUUUCAAAUAUUUGUUUCUAUCAGAUUUAUCCCAAUUAAUUAUUUGUAAUACUAAUCAUAAUCUGCGCAAAAGAACAAUAUAUAUUUAAUGGUUACACAACUUGAUGUAGUGUUGCAAUAUUUAAAAACGUUGAUUCAUGAGAAUUAUAUUAAUAUAACUAAUAAUAAUAUCGGUAGCUAUUUAAUUUAAAUAUCGUUGCUAUAACUAAAAAUUUUAGUUAAAAAACUUUAAUAAGCGGCAACAAUACAUUUAAAUGUCAAUUCUAGAUCUAAAAUUUAAAUAUUUAUCGACGAUUUAAAGAAGAACAAAUAAUCCAGUGUAAUUCUUAUUUAUUUAAAAAAAUUAAAAUACUUUAAAUAUUCUUGAGACAAAUAUUUCAUCAAAAACUGAUGUUUUAUUAAAAUUGAACCUAAAACUUGAAUAAAUAAUAAAUAUCUUUUAUAUUUAAUUAUCAAAAGAAAGUCGAUCGAAUCAAGUUCGCGUUCGAAGUGAUCCUAAAAUUGGAUUGUGUUUUUAAAUUUUAUUUCUGUCAAAUCCACAAUUUAACGAAUUAUUAAUAAUUUAGUAGCGCUACAACAUUAUAGGUUUCAGAUUGUAUCUGUUCCUUUGAUGAUUUUGAUUUCAAAGACAAGUAGAGCCUUCUGUCUGACACAUGUCAAAAUUCAUAGACAAGCCGGUUUCCUAACGUUUUCCUUCUCCGUACUAACGGGUGUUAGACGCGCACUUAGAAAGUACAUUGGUGCGCAUUCGAC